CUGAGGGACGUCUGCUCCUUUCUCUCUGUCCUCUGUCUUCUUUUCAUUACAGUACAGUUUCAACAAGUCCUCACAAUGUGCACGUUUUGCAGCUUCAAAUGCGGAUUUAUUUUCUUCAACAUGAUCUUUAUGGCAUCUGGGGUUGCUCUCCUCACUAUCGGAGUACUGCACAACCCCACUUUCCAAGAGUUGGGAGAAUUCACAGGGAAAACCCUUACCAAAAUUGCUAUAGUCCUCAUAGCAGUGGGUUCCAUCAUUACAGUGGUCUCCAUCUUGGGCUGUCUCGGAGCAUUCUUUGAUAAUUUUUAUUUGGUGGUAUCUUUCCUCUGUUGCCUGAUCAUCAUUAUCCUAAUGGAGAUAAUCACUGGAGCUAUCGUUUACACAUUCUUCAACAAGAUGAUCUUGAAUCCUUCUGCCCUAGUGAACAUAAAAGGUUCAGUAAACUACAUGGACAAAAUCAAAAUGGUGAUCAGUGAGUACAGCCCGGAGAAGAGAGCUGCCAUCGACAGAAUUCAGGAAAAGUUCAAAUGCUGUGGAGCAGACGGCCCCGACGACUGGGCCACCAGUGUGGGCUGGGAGGACCACGAAGCUACGCCGGACUCCUGCUGCGUGGAGAAGGGUGCCGGCUGUGGGAAAGAAAAGGACAAAGCUCACAAAAAGGGUUGCAUUAAGGCCAUCAACUUAUUUCUGGGGAAAAGACUGAUGGCGGUGGGAGUUAUCUGUAUAUUUCUUGCAAUUGCAGAGUGUUUUGGAGUAUUCAUCGGGGCUUACUUCAGUUGCAACAUAAAACGGAAAGACUAUGACAACAUGAGCUGAUGUGUCAUCGUGGCCAAGCACAGCAGACUUCACACAUUGCUGACAUAUUGGAACUAUUCUAUUUGCUUUAUCCAGUCUUUUUAUCCUAUAAUUGGACUUAAAGAUGAUUCUGUAAUUGAUAUGUUUGAAAACAACUGAAUGACUGCUUUUUUUGCACUUGUAAAAUUUGACUAUUUUAACAAAAUAUAUCUAAAUGGAAUGGUUUGGUCUAUGCCAUCGAAAACACCACUCUAUAAUAGUCUCAUAUUUAAUUG